AUGGCGGACAAAGCAAGCAGAGCACUUGUUCUGUACGGAGAUGGCUUGGCUCGAUUCGUCGACUCGUCAAAUACACACAUCCAUUCACUCGCUUCCGUCGCUAGCUGCAGCUUCUUGAGCCUCCCUCAUGCGCCUCCAGAAACUGAGCACGAGAGGAUAGUUCGAGAAUUCUCCCAUUUGCUGGAUGCAUCAGAAGCUUAUACCAUAGCUAGUGGAUUAAAAUCCAAGGGAAGUGAACAUGAAAUCUCAACUUUGUCUCAAAGGUUUAUGGGACUCAAGGCUGCUUUAGUAACUGACAGUUCUUCUCUGACUUCUUUCGGAAAGCUUAUUGGCUUAGAUGUGUUACAACUCAGUGAAAUAUGCCAAAAGAGUGAUUCCUUUCCUUCAGACGCCACAUCAACUGAACUAUUAAGUCUGCUUGGAUUUGAAGGAGGAAAGUGUUUAGAUGUGAGCCUAUUAUACGACUUGGUUUUUGUGCAUAUAGGUGUUGAUAACGUGGGAAUGAUCGAGUCUUUGGUUGGUAGUAUCAUGAAAAUGGCUCAGCCAGGUUCAGUGAUUGCUUCUCGCUUACAUCUAUCCGUUGUUCUCAGCUAUGGUUCUGUCACAGACAAAGAUGCUUCAGUUUUUCCUGUCAAGACUCCACAAGAAGGUAUUAACCACGCGUUUGCAGGACUUGUCCCGCGUCAGAGCUAUACCAUGCGAGGUGAAAAGCCACGAGAUGAUAUUCGGGACUACUGUCCUAUGUUAGUAGCUCAAUGGCAAGAUGCGGUGACUCGGAGAGACUUAGUUGAUACAUUAUCAUUUAAAACUCUCAAAAAGCUCUCUGGAAAUCUUGUUAUACCAACUGAUCGAUUCAUUCAUGAAGUUGCUUUCAAACUUUGGAAGGCUCCAAAAUAUGGAGCUUAAGCAAAAAACCAAAUGAAUAACAACAUGCUCUUGUGUAUUGAUCUCAGAGUUGCCAAGUUUACAUAGAAGGAAAGAAACAAAACAUGUUUCUUUCUAAACUCUGCAUCUUGUUAUCUGGUUUCAUAUACAGUUGUGAUAAUGCGAAUUAAACACCAAAAAAAUAAGAAAACUUAGAAGAACAUGUUCUAGAGU